AUGGAACUGAUACCCCCGGCUGGCAAAGGACGAUGUGCUGGUUCUGAUCGCCGAUUUUUCGUAGCGGAUCUCAAUCCCCCGAUAGCCUGCAUUGCCCUUAGUAACCCACGCGGCGACCGAGCCGGUGUAGUGUUCGAUGACGGCGAUUCUAUGAUAAGGCGCAUAUUGGAAAGUUUUACCGAGAAUCCGCUGCGAUCUCUAACUUUCCGCUUUGUUCUUCCUGAAUUGGGACCGGUCAUGGCGGAGUUAUAA